AUGGAUAGAGCGGCGCUGCGCGCGGCGGCGAUGGGAGAGAAGAAGGAGGGCCGCGGCGGGGGGGACGCGGCGGCCGCGGACGGGGGCCCCGGGGCCGCGGCCAGUCGGGCGCUGCAGCAGUGCGGGCAGCUCCAGAAGCUCAUCGACAUCUCCAUCGGCAGCCUGCGCGGGCUGCGCACCAAGUGCGCCGUGUCCAACGACCUCACCCAGCAGGAGAUCCGGACCCUGGAGGCGAAGCUGGUUCGGUACAUUUGCAAGCAGCAGCAAUGCAAGCUGAGUGUGGCUCCUGGCGAGAGGACCUCAGAACUCAACAGCUACCCUCGCUUCAGUGACUGGCUGUGUACCUUCAAUGUGAGGCCGGAGGUGGUGCAGGAGAUCCUCAGCGAGCUCACACUGGAUGCCCUGCUGGACAUGAACGAGGUCAAGGUGAAGGAGACGCUGCGGCGCUACGGGGCCAACGCCGAGGAGUGUGGCCGCCUGCAGUACGCCCUCGCCUGCCUGCGGAAAGUGACAGGUCUGGGAGGGGAGCACAAAGAUGACUCAGGCUGGAGUUCAUUGGACGCCCGGCGGGAAAGUGGCUCGGGGCCUUCCGCGGACACCCUCCCGCCAGCCGGCCCGCCCUGGCCCCCAGGGAGCACCCAGCUGGGCAGAAUGGGCAGCGGUGCCCAUGGCCCACGCUCCGUCUCCGUGUCGGCUCUGCCCACCUCGGACUCCCCGACCCCAGGCCCCUGCGAGGGCCUCGCGGACACCUGUAUCCCCCUGCACGCCAGCGGCCGGCUGACCCCCCGCGCCCUGCACAGCUUCAUCACCCCGCCGACCACGCCUCAGCUGCGAAGGCACACCAAGCUGAAGCCACCGCGGACGCCACCCCCGCCCAGCCGCAAGGUCUUUCAGCUGCUGCCCAGCUUCCCCACGCUCACCCGGAGCAAGUCCCAUGAGUCUCAGCUGGGGAACCGCAUUGACGAGGUCUCCCCAAUGAGGUUUGAUCUCCCGUACGGAUCCCCACAGAUGGUACGAAGGGACAUCGGGCUGUCGGUGACUCACAGGUUCUCCACCAAGUCUUGGCUGUCGCAGGUCUGCCACGUGUGCCAGAAGAGCAUGAUGUUUGGAGUGAAAUGCAAGCACUGCAGAUUGAAGUGUCACAACAAGUGUACAAAAGAAGCCCCUGCCUGUAGAAUAUCCUUCCUUCCACAACCUAGGCUUCGGAGGACAGAAUCUGUCCCCUCGGACAUCAACAACCCGGUGGACAGAGCAGCUGAGCCCCAUUUCGGAACCCUCCCCAAAGCACUGACAAAGAAGGAGCACCCUCCAGCCAUGAACCACCUGGACUCCAGCAGCAACCCGUCCUCCACCACGUCCUCCACGCCCUCCUCGCCGGCACCCUUCCCGACAUCGUCCAAUCCAUCCAGUGCCACGACGCCCCCCAACCCGUCUCCCGGCCAGCGGGACAGCAGGUUCAACUUCCCAGCUGCCUACUUCAUUCAUCAUAGACAACAGUUUAUCUUUCCAGACAUUUCCGCAUUUCCACAGGCGGCCCCGUCCCCUGAGGCAGCAGACAGUACCCGGCUCGACAACCAGCCAAAAGCAGACGUGUUGGAGGAUCAUGAAGGGGAGGCCGAGGAGACAGAGGCCGGCAAGUCAGAGGCCGAGGACGACGAGGACGAGGUGGACGACUUGCCGAGCUCCCGCCGGCCCUGGCGGGGCCCCAUCUCUCGCAAGGCCAGCCAGACUAGCGUGUACCUGCAGGAGUGGGACAUCCCCUUUGAGCAGGUGGAGCUGGGCGAGCCCAUCGGGCAGGGCCGCUGGGGCCGCGUGCACCGAGGCCGCUGGCACGGCGAGGUGGCCAUCCGCCUGCUGGAGAUGGACGGCCACAACCAGGACCACCUGAAGCUGUUCAAGAAAGAGGUGAUGAACUACCGGCAGACGCGGCAUGAGAACGUGGUGCUCUUCAUGGGGGCCUGCAUGAACCCACCCCAUCUGGCCAUCAUCACCAGUACCUGUGCUGGGCGAGAGGUGUCCAGCUCACUGCCCAGCCCAGGUGGGCAGCCCAAGGUGAAUCCUUGUCACUUGUCUUCCCGCCCCGCCAACGUGAGGCUCGCUGUUUUCCAGGGCAUGGGAUAUCUACAUGCCAAGGGCAUUGUGCACAAAGAUCUCAAAUCCAAGAACGUCUUCUAUGACAACGGCAAAGUGGUCAUCACAGACUUCGGGCUGUUUGGGAUCUCGGGCGUGGUCCGAGAGGGACGGCGUGAGAACCAGCUGAAGCUGUCACAUGACUGGCUGUGCUACUUGGCCCCGGAGAUUGUCCGCGAGAUGACCCCCGGGAAGGACGAGGACCAGCUGCCGUUCUCCAAAGCUGCUGACGUCUAUGCAUUUGGGACUGUUUGGUAUGAACUUCAAGCAAGAGACUGGCCCUUUAAGAACCAAGCUGCAGAGGCCUUGAUCUGGCAGAUUGGAAGUGGAGAGGGAAUGAAGCGCGUCCUGGCCUCCGUCAGCCUGGGGAAGGAAGUCACUGAGAUCCUGUCUGCCUGCUGGGCUUUCGACCUGCAGGAGAGGCCCAGCUUCACCCUGCUGAUGGACAUGCUGGAGAAACUGCCCAAGCUGAACCGGCGGCUCUCCCACCCCGGCCACUUCUGGAAGUCCGCUGAGUAA